GGAGGCGUCUCCCCUUACUGUUUACGUGUGCACCAGAGUUUUUCUUUCUUUCUUUUUUGGGGUUUCUGUCGUAUCGUUACCUUCCUUCCUUCCCCGCUCCCUCUCCGUUUUCCUCCUCAUGCCGCUGGCACGGACUCCUUCUUCAUGGAUUUCAAACGUUGAUAUAUAUGUAGUUCACACCUCCUCCACCGUUUCGCAAAAAACUCCAUUUAUCUCUUUCAAUUGAAGCUCAUUCUUUUCCUCUGUCGUUGGCCUCACAGGAGGGAGACGUUAAAACAAACAAACCGCUCACUCCACUCCCUUGCGUUGGUUUACGCACUCUAAUUGGUGAUAUACAUAUAUAUAUUCUCUGCUUUCUUAUUUGGAGAGGAAGGCGGGUGUUCUUUGGACGCAGCACCACGCUCGUUCCCCCGCUGCCUUCUUAAAAUAUUUUCCCUUGUGUAGAUACCUUCAUCCAAGAGUGUGUUUUUAAGAAGAAUCAUUAUUAUUGUUUGCUUGGCUGUUUUGAUAGACGUGAUUCUACUUUUGAGGGGGGAGGGGAGUUGCACAAUGCGGUCGAAGGUCUCGCAGUUACUACCGGGGCGGCGCUCACGCACCAAUCGCGCUGCCCGUCGCGUUCUAACCGUUACGGCUCUUCUUCUCUUCGGUCUUGUUGGCUUCUUCAGCUACCGGAUGUACAGCUCUUCGUUGAGUCCAAGCAGUGCAACGGAGCAAAUAGACCUACUAGGCGCGAAGAGGCAGACUACCCCACCGGGGGAAGGUGAGACAUCAGCAGCAGCAACACCCGCGGCGGGGGGAGACGGCGGCGUAGCGGUGACCGCCGGGGCAGGUGUGGCGUCGUUGUCGGAGAGCCUUGAUGACCUCGUGGGACUCCUACGUCUCUACACGGCCGCCCACCGGAUCCGCGUGAACCGGUCAUUAGUGGAAGGGAACGCCGCACACAACAAGACCGCUGAAGGGAUGUCAGAUGUUCCAAAGGAACUGCUGCUCGAGGGUGUGAGUGAGAUGCCCUUCAUAGGUGAUGACACGGACCUACUCGAUGACCCGGCCGUCAUCCAAGCGGAGCAGGAGAGCUACGUGGAGCGCUACAUUGCGCCGACGCAGUCGGGUGCGGCACUGACGCCGCUGCGGGUGCUGUCCGCGUACUACGACCCCCAGAACUCACGCGGGCUUGACCACUUAGCGGCAGCUGUAGAAAAGCGCAUGAACGAUGACGGUUACGCGACGCACAAUCGACCUUCCCCCACCUUCUAUGACGCGUCCCACGCGGCCCGGCGUGGCUACGGCGCCGAGGGCAGCGUCUUUGUCGCCAUCCCAUUUGCGCUGAGUGACAUAACACCCGAUAUCGUAGACGCCAUCGCCGCUCGCGCGACCGCACCUCUCGCAAAGUCCGCCAACCGCCCGCCCACGACAGCGGACGCUGGCGCGGCAGCUGCAGAGGCGGCCGAUGCGCUGCACAACCCGUUGGACGGCGCCGAUGACGCGGGCGCCGCGUUGGACGGCGACGGGUACCGCGAAAUUAUCCGCACGGCGGCGCGGUGUGCCGUGACGGUGGAGUCCGUCUUCCGCCAAGCCCACCGUGGCAUCAGCGUGACGGUGGGCACGAUCGAUGUAGUCGUAGUGAGUGGGGUGCAAAGCGCAGCCGAUGUGCAUCUCGCCUACCCAGCCGAUGUGCGUCGCCCCAUCACGGCGGAGGAGCGCGUGAAGGCCGGCUCAGUGCCGUCGCGGCGGUACGACCGCCUCACCUGCGAGCCACCAAACUUCCGUUCUGGGUGGGAGGACGCAUCGUACGGGUUUAGCUGGAAGGACAACUUGCGACAGCGCCGUGUGCUGGUACCGUUGACGACCUUGGCAACAACACCGGCAGUGAAAGGCGCCGGUGCCAAGGCAACCCUUUCGUCCUCUUCUCCUCUUGCGCUACCGCACGUGGGCCGAUACGCGGCGCUGCAGCUGUAUCGCGGGGAGUCGUACGUGCUUUUUCUCCGGCCGGGCUCUGUCGCGCUGCCCAACUGGGACUUGAAGCUGCGCCUGCUGUAUUUGCGCACCCCCCAGCGCGAGCGCGCCGUCCUGAGCAGCCGCCCGACCCCGGCGGUGGUGCCGCACGCGCUGGCCGCCGCCGUGAUGAAGGCGUGGACGCAGCAGCCGUACCUGCUCUUCUCCUCGCUGACCGAUGGCGCGGCGAAGAACACCGGCCGCAGCAGCACGGUAGCGCACGGCGCCGGUGCCCAGAAGGACCGGGCAGGGGUGACGAAUGCGCCAGCGCUGGACUGGACCGGCAGACGCCUCCUUCAAGCAUUUCCCGACGGUGUGGCUGCCUGGCUGGCCGAGGCGCGCGGGGAGUCGGCGCUGGCGCUCUGGCUCGUGACGCCGCGCUGGUUGUGGCCGACGCUCGUGGACGCGUUGCGUGCGUGGCGUGAGCUCUCCAACGGCACGGCCACGUCCACGACGCCGCCGACGACGCCGCCUCAAACGCCGCCGAUGCGGGAUGUGUUUCGGGAGUCCGUAUUGCGGGAAGUGCUGGGGGACUUCACGGCUGCCGCGGAGCACCUCAACUUGACUUCGGUGGCGGUGACCGCGGCGACGACAGCAGCAGCGAACGAGGAGGCAGACACGGCGCAGCUGCACGGCACCGGGGCGGUGACCGCCACUAGCCAGCCGGUCCUCACCACCAGCCUGACCGAGGCGGAAGUCUACCAGAUUCUCAUUCUCACGCCGAAGCGGGGCCCGCUGCCGAAGGAGCCAAUCACCGACACGGCAUUGUUCAUGACGCAUAACGGCGGCGCAGCCAGUACGACGGGUGAGGCCACCGCCGCAGGUGGGACAGGGACCGGCGUCGGUGCUGGACUGGUGGCUUGCGGCACCGCCACUACUCCGCUUCCGUAUUACUCGAACGAACACGGCGCAUUGGUCAAGCGGGCGUUCGAGUAUUGCUGGAUCAUGCACCACCGCGCUGCGCUGCGGGCACUGGCGGAGCGGCUGACGCACGCGACAGACGCCGCACCGAUUCUGAUCAGCGCGUCGUCGAAGGCGGCGAAGAAUCCGGCGGGCGGCUUGGCGGGAAAACCAAUCAUAGCUGCUGCUGCUGCUGCCGCGACGGUGAUGUGCGGCAGGAACCCCGCGAGCACCGUCCCGUGGUACGACACCGCACUGCUGGUGCACAACCACACGAGUCGGUGCCUCGCAGACAUGCGCUACCUCGACCCGAGCGAGACCCCGCUGUUAGAUGAAACCAAUAAAAUUGCAGUCGGCGAGGAGGAGGAAAGGGCGACCGUGGCGAGUUGGUUCGCGUCGUCGCAGAACGCUGGUCAGCUGCGCGGUAGUAGUGCUGUGCCGGCGCACCCACCCACCUUGGUGGACGGUGAAACCCCCGCUGGUGGCGCUGCUGCUGCUGCGGCAGGGACCACAACUCCGUACGUGCUGCAGUCUGCCGCCUCUGCCGACCUCCUCUUUGGUCCAGCGGAGGCAUUCUUUGACAUCGCCCCGGAGGGUCGCCUGCGCACGCGGGCCGACGCACGGACCGCGCAGCUCGACGAGAGGAGGGGGGGCGGGGGCGGGGGCACGACGCUGCGCUAUGCAGAAACGCCCGAGGCGGCACCACUAGACCCGUCCCUGCAUUACCUGGAUAGCGGGGCGUUGGACUUGUACCUCACCGCCGCGCUGUGGACGCGUGGGUGGAACAUAUUUGGCAUUACGGAGGCGGUCGUAGCUGGCGAUGACGCUCCGACAGCAGCACCAGCGGUGAAGACAGGCAACGCGGGCAGCGCGCCCAUGUGUGGUCUCACGAAGGGUGGAAACGAUGAAGCAGAGAAGCUGCUGUCAGCGGCGAUGAAGACGGCAAAGAGCAUUGGGGAGGAGAAGCUGUGGGCGUUAAUGGAGGCACAUCGCACCGCGGGCACCCCACUCGGCCCGGCGAGCGCGCCCGCCACGCCGGACACGCUGCCUUUGUCGGCAGCGCGUUUUCCGCUGCGCCGCACGUUGCGGGACUACGAGAAAUUUGCAAACCUCACGUUGGCUGAACUGCAAAGGAAAUAG